AGCGCUUUAUUGUGGUGUUUCAUCAAGAAUCCACAUUAUAUAAGUGACAUCACUUCUAUACACGUCCAAAUUUUCCCGUUAAUUUGCGCGCGUAUGUUGGAAAAGUUUGGGAGGAGGAGAGAGUGGGCGGUGAUCCUGACACGUGAACGCUCCCGCAGGAGCACAUCCAUCCAUCCAUCUCCUCCAACUAUAGUGUGCAGUCCUGGAGCCAGAGGAAAAGUGGAGGGGAGAGGAAUUUAGGGGGCAGUUACUGGCCAGAGAGGCAUUAAGGCACUUCAAAGAGGGGAAAGGGAAAACUUACAUUAACAUCGGGAUGUUUUUCUCUUAAUAUUGACAACACGGCACAUAUAAACCUCGCUUAGUAAGUUUGGGAUACUUGGGGCGCAAUGGCUGACCAGCUAAGUUUCAUGAAUCACUCGGAUCAGGGCUCCAGCAGCGAACGCAGCGACGAUUCACCGUCUGCCGCGUCCGAGGAUGAUUCAAGCGGACACUGCGGCCACAUCUCCCCGCCUGACCCAGACUGGACCGAGGAGAGGUUUCGAGUGGACCGCAAGAAGCUGGAAACUAUGUUACUGGCAGCCAGUGAGGGGAGGAUAAAUGGAGGAGAGGAUUUUUUUCAAAAGGUUAUGGAUGAGACCAACACUCAGAUUGCCUGGCCAUCCAAACUGAAGAUCGGAGCCAAGUCCAAAAAAGAUCCACAUAUUAAAGUAAGUGGCAAAAGGGAAGAUGUGCGAGAGGCUAAGGAGAAAAUAAUGUCCGUUCUUGACACAAAGAGUAAUCGUGUGACUCUGAAGAUGGAUGUAUCGCACACAGAGCACUCGCAUGUGAUCGGGAAAGGAGGAAAUAACAUCAAACGAGUGAUGGAUGAGACGGGCUGCCACAUACAUUUCCCGGACUCUAACAGACACAGUCAGGGGGAGAAGAGUAACCAGGUGUCAAUAGCAGGGCAGCCGGCUGGCGUCGAAGCAGCGAGAGUUAAAAUACGAGAAUUACUGCCAUUGGUGCUGAUGUUUGAAUGUAGUGGGGUGGUGCAGCAGGUGGACUGCAGCUCUCCUGUAGUUCAGCAUAUCUCUCACACGUACAACGUCUCCAUCUCCUUUAAACCACCCUCUCGUCUCUAUGGCAACACCGCCAUUGUCCGCGGCAACCAGAACAAUGCUAAUGGCGUUAAGCGUGGUACGGCUUUGUUAUUGGAGCACCUCGCCGGGUCUUUGGCCAGCUCGGUGCUGGUUAGCACACAACUGGACAUCGCACCCCAGCACCACCUCUUUCUUUUGGGCCGCAAUGGUGCAAACAUCAGGCUCAUCUCCCAGCGCACGGGAGCUCACAUACAGUUCCCCGAGCUCAACACGCAUUCCCACUCUCCCACUCCGACUAGCCGCUCCGCCAUCUAUAUACAGGGAAGCAUCGACGCUGUGUAUGCGGCUAGACAGCAGCUAAUGGGCUGCUUGCCAUUGGUGUUGAUGUUUGACAUUAAGGAAGAGACGGAGGUGGCGUCUCAGGUCAUCAAUACACUCAUGGAGCAGCUAGACGUCUUCAUCAGUAUUAAACCUAAACCAAAACAACCCAGCAAGUCUGUAAUAGUGAAGAGCGUCGAAAGGAAUGCUGGGAAUAUGUAUGAGGUACGAAGGAUCCUCCUGAGUCUGGAGUCCAGCUACAUCGCCUCUUCUAUAUGUAACGUCGCUGUUAACGGACAUAAUCACACCUCCCCUCCUCUGAUUGGCUCAGUUGGACUGGACACUCUAGCCUCAGCUGGACUGAGGCUAAGCACUCUGGCUGGUCUUCUAAGCUCAUCAGUGAGCCCCAUUUCUAAUGGCUCCCCCGGCCCAAACUGUGUUCUUAAUGGACACGGCUCGUUGUUAAACAUCCAGAACGGAGCAGUAAACAAUUCGCAGCACAUUCACACAAGCUCACACUCGCAUGCUCCCAGUCACACAGCUUCCUUAUGGGCCAGUGCUCUCAGUUCAGCGGGUAACACAGCAGGGUUUUCCUCAGAUUUGAUAUUGCAGUCAGUGUCUCAAUCGACUCUCAGUGGACUUCUGCUCUCUGGGGUCCAGAAUCAAACACACAAUCACACGCCAUCCCCGCCCCCUGGACUCGCACCGAUACACAAACCAGCCAGCGCAGAGCAUCUCAAUGGACAUCUCGCUAGUUCUGUGUACGGACGAAUUUCCUCUGUAUCGCUUAACCCCGCCCACUGUGACACGACCCAGGAAGUCAUUGGACACAGCCAAUCAGAGUCCAGGUCCAAUAAAUCUACAGAUGAAGGCUCAGACACAUUUGUUGAAGUGGGCAUGCCCAGAAGCCCAUCUCACUCAGCCAAUGGGAAUGAGCUAAAGCAGAUGCUGGCCUCUUGCACGACAUCUUCGGGAAAACGACAAACGGUGGAACUUCUUCAGAGAACCAAGAACUCACUUCUGCAUGUGGAGUGUGUGUUGGCAGAUUCAGACUGUGAGAACACAAUGGCUGAUAAAAGAGCACCAGGAAGUGAGAGAGCUGCCGAAAGAAGACUAGCCCCUCAUAUACAGGCUUUUGACUAUGAAAAAAAGAAGCUUCUAGCUACUAAAGCCAUGUUAAAGAAGCCAGUUGUGACUGAGGUUCGGACUCCCACAAAUACCUGGAGCGGGUUGGGCUUCUCCAAAUCGAUGCCAGCCGAGGGCAUGAAAGAGCUCCGCAGGGCAAACCAUGUGCCAUACAAGCCCAGUAUGAGCACAACAUAUGAGGACUCUCAUCUGUCUGUGUCACACUCUGGAAGUCAAGAAAGUUUGAGUAACGGCACUGAAUCUGAUAACUGGGGAGAUCGUAAUGGAAAUGUCAACAUCAAUGGAAACGGACUUUCGGGAAACUCAGAAUUUUCCCCUGCUGUCAGCAGCCCGAAGAGACUUAAGAACAAAUCUAGUGAGCAGUAUUUGAGCAGCAGUAAUUAUAUGGACAGUAUCUCUCUUUCGGGCAGUAAUGGCUGCUCGCUCAGUUCCUCUUUUAAAGGAACCGAUCUUCCCGAGCUCUUCAGCAAACUCGGCCUCGGCAAAUACACGGACAUCUUCCAACAGCAGGAGAUUGAUCUGCAAACGUUUGUCACAUUGACGGACCAAGAUCUGAAGGAACUGGGAAUUACGACAUUUGGCGCACGCAGGAAAAUGUUACUGGCGAUCUCAGAGCUGAAUAAGAGCAGGAGGAAGCUCUUUGACACCCCCAACAUUCGCUCCUCCUUCCUAGAUGGUGGGGCCAGCGGUCGCCUGUCACGUCAAUUCCACACAGACAUGGCAAGUGUCAGCGGUCGCUGGUGAUGUCUCGCAGGCGUCCGUUGCCUCCAUGAGCUUCAACCAUAAGUUCAGCCAGCCAUCUGUGGACCACAAACCACUCGAACUUAUUUUUACUGGACUCUGGUUGCUAUGGAAACCCAAAAUGAGAUACUAGUUAAUACAUGAAAGGGAAAUGAUUCAAUAUUGUUUAGGAGGAAUGUGUCAUUAAUAUUGUCUUAAAUUUACUUUCGGUCACCAGGCAAAACAGAGAGAUAAAAACUAACCGUACUGUUAGCAAGCACUUCAGUAUCGGUGUCUAGCACUUUAACCUUUGAACUCUGCUGUUUUUGCCUGUAGGUUGUACGCAUAUUCUGUUUUUGUAACUUUUGUCUAUUCAGUGCCAAAGUUAAACACAUGCACUUAUUUAGCGUGUCACACACACAAAGAUUGCAGUAUUGUUGUAUUUUAAAGACAUUUUAUUUUAUAGUUGCAUUAUGUUUUCAUAUUUUUAUGUUAAUCUUUUAAGAGGCAUUAUCAGUUUACAUUUAUUUUAUAUUUCAUUUGGUACAGCUUUUCGGUUGAUGUUAUUUGUUUAUUGUUUAGAUUGUGGUCUACUUAAAGGGACACUCCACUUUUUAAAAAACAUGCUCAUUUUCCAGUUAAACAUUUGAUUUGUACUGUUUUGGAAUCCAUUUAGCCGAUCUCCGGGUCUGGCGCUACCACUUUUAGCAUAGCUUAGCAUAAUUCAUUGAAUCUGAUUAGACCAUUAGCAUCACGCUAAAAAAUAACCAAAGAGUUUUAAUAUUUUUCCUAUUUAAAAUUUGACUCUUCUGUAGUUACAUCGUGUAUUAAGUUACAUCAUAUAUCGUGAUUUUCUAGGCAGAUUUCUCUAGGAACUAAACUCUCAUUCUGGCGUAACAAUCAAGGACUUUGCUGCCGUAACAUGGCUGUGGGAGGCGCAAUGAUAUUACGCAGCAGCUGAAAAUAGUCCCCUUAGUAACUUUCAAUGGCAGGGGACUAUUUUCGAGCACUGCGUAAUAUUAGUGUGCCUCCUGCAGCUAUGUUACUUCAGCAAAGUCCUUUAUUUUUACGCCAGAAUGAGAGUAUAGUUCCAAGCCAUAUCUGCCUAGAAAAUCGCAACUUUUAAUUUUCUGCUGGUCUUAGUACACAAUAUAACUACAGAAGAGUCAUUUUUUAAAAAGAAAUUUUUUUGAAACUCUUUGGGGUUUUUUGCGCGAUGCUAAUAGUAUAAUCAGAUUCAAUGGAUUGUGCUAAGCUAUGCUACAACUGCUAGCGCCAGACGCGGAGAUCGGCUGAAUGGAUUCCGAACCAGUAAAAAUUAAAUGUUUAACUCUAGGGAAGCUGGAAAUGAACUUUUUUUUUUUAAAUGGAGUGUCCCUUUAACUUCUACUCGAACGUCUUAUAUUCAUCUCAUACAGAUGUCAGUCAGAGCAGAUCAACUCAGUUUCUCUGUUGGUGUAGAUGAAGUUUGUUUUUGUAAAGAAUGUGAAGAAUAGUAGCUUGUCAUAAAUUUGAUUGUUUAGGACAAUCCGGUUCAUCAAUUUGUUUAGGUUUAUCUGUAGCACAAACAUCAAUUUAAGCUGCAUUAGGUACUGUGCUAGACCUAGAAAUAGACCGAAAACAUUUUCAUGGCCGUGUGUAAUGGAUUUUUUCUUUUGUAAUAAUGUUUGUCUUAAAUAUUUGUUUGUGUAAUGAUUUGCCUUUUGUUUUUCAUUCAUAGUAUAAAGCAGUAUAUGAAACUCAAGGGCUACUGUCAGUAUAGUUAUACAUUUUCAAAUGUUUGUCUUUGACCAGAAGUUACAGUUUUGCAUCUGCUUAUACUUAAAUCAUUAGUUAAAGAGUGUUUUCAUUUCAGACCAGAUUGUAUUAUUAGUGGAUGUAUUCAGAGUAAUCGGUCUUAUGCAGUAUUUGGUUUGUUUACAUGAUGAAGUUUGUAGUACAUUCGGUACAACCUACAAAGAAGAUUGUAUACAAUGUCAAAAGGGCUUUUACAACCUAUCUAUUGUUAAAUACUCUAUCAUUAUCAACCAUUGUAUUCUUUAUAGUCUCAAGUUUUUUUUUUCUUUUAUUGAAGGGAAAAUAUUGACUGCAUCUGAAAUAUUGCACAAAGGUUUAUGGUAUUCUUGUAUUUUGCUCAGUGAUAUUAGUAAUGUUUAAUUGUUGCUCAUUAAGUCUGAAGUCUGAAAAUGUUGUUUGAUUCAUGUGCAAAAUUUGGACUUGUAGAGAUUAUAUUCAUCGCCAUAGUGGAAACAAUGUAUAUGUUACAUUUCUUACAGAGCAGGGAUUCCUCUGAGGUUUUUGUGAUGGAGAAUUAUGUUUGUUCUUCUGCAUUUAAGAAAUCAUGUUUGUUCACAUAGUUAUUUCCCACUUUUUUACCUGAAAUAACUUUAAUGUUUAUUUCUAGGGAGCAACUGCUUUGUUCUGUUCAUUGUGCCUUUCUCCUGAAGUGAAGCAUUAUGGGAACAGAUUUUGUCCAUAUGUGACACUGGUAAUUAUACCACAUGUAAAUUUUUGACAAAGGGAACAAAGUUCAUGUUUUUGCCUUAUACGAAUGUUCUGUGAGUCCAAAUCAGUGUCUGUAAAAUGGACGGAAGCCAUUUCUAAAAGCUGCCUGUAAUAGAUAAUGUUGAAAGAACAAAAAUAUUUGAAAUGUUUACCACGUAUUUGUGGUUUUGUUCCAGAAAAUAAAAAUGUAUGCAAGCU